AUGGGUGUUCCGGCGCUUUUCCGAUGGCUGUCGAAGAAGUAUCCCAAGAUCAUCACGUCUGUGGUCGAGGAGCAACCGUUCGACAUAGACGGGGUCAAGUAUCCUGUUGACACGACAAAGCCCAAUCCUAAUGGCGAAGAGAUGCACAACUUGUACCUAGACUUCAACGGUAUAGUCCAUCCAUGUUCACAUCCCGAAGACAAGGCUCCUCCCGCCAACGAGAGCGAGAUGAUGCUGGAGAUCUUCAAGUACACCGAACGCGUGGUAAACAUGGUUCGACCUCGCCGGCUGCUAAUGAUCGCUAUCGACGGCGUUGCGCCCCGAGCAAAGAUGAACCAACAGCGUGCCCGUCGAUUCCGAGCCGCCCAAGAAGCCCAGGAGAAGAACGAACAACAAGCUGAGUUUCAAGCUCUGCUUCGUCGUCAACAAGGCUCAAACGCCGACAACGUCACUUCUGAAGAGCAAGUCGUCAAGAAAGUAUGGGAUAGUAAUGCCAUCACGCCUGGCACCCCAUUUAUGUUCAUUCUCGCCAAAUCUAUCCGCUACUGGUGCCAAUGGAAGCUCAACACGGACCCAGCGUGGGCUGACAUGAAGGUCAUUAUCUCUGACGCCAGCGUACCUGGUGAAGGUGAGCACAAGAUCAUGCAAUUCAUUCGCUCUCAACGCUCUGAUCCUGAGUAUGACCCAAAUACUCGGCAUGUCAUGUAUGGCCUGGACGCCGAUCUUAUCAUGCUUGGUCUCGCCACACAUGAGCCCCAUUUCCGUAUCCUUCGCGAGGAUGUCUUCUUUCAGGAUGCCAAGACAAAGAACAACUGUCGAUUGUGCGGUCAACCAGGGCACUACGCAGAUCAAUGUCGCGGUACUGCAAGAGUCAAAAGUGGCGAAUUCGAUGAGAAAGAGAAGAAGCCAGAACAGAAGCCCUUCAUCUGGCUGAGCGUCUCUAUUCUACGUGAGUACCUAUCAGCCGAGAUGUUCGUUCAGGGUCAGCCAUUCCGUUUUGACCUUGAGCGUGCAAUCGACGACUGGGUCUUCAUGUGCUUCUUCGUUGGUAAUGAUUUCCUGCCCCAUCUGCCCAGUCUAGACAUUCAUGAAGACGGUAUCGAUAAGCUCAUUGCAAUUUGGAGGGAUAACUUGCCCAUCAUGGGUGGCUACCUGACAUGUGAUGGUUCAGUCGAUCUCGCUCGUGCCCAGUGCAUUCUUCAAGGUCUUGCCAAGCAGGAGGAUGCCAUCUUCAGACGACGACGUGAAGUAGAAGAAAAGAAGGAGCGCAACCAGAAGAGACGCCAGAACGAGCAGGACAGCCGAGAUGGACGAGGUGGUAACAAGCGUGGCCGACGUGGCUCGCCAGAUUACAACAGAGGCGGCAAGAUCGACAACAGAGCUCCCACUAGUAAUGGAACGUCUAUCGUCUUUGCCGAUGCGCCCACCGGACAGAUCGACUACAACAUGAUUGUCAACAGAGGCGCUGCGGACAAGUCCAUAGCAUCCAACAAAAGUGCCGCCGCGGCUCUGAAGGAACGCAUGCUGGCGAACAAAUCAGCAGAAACUCCGACGAAGCCCAUCAACGGAUCUGAAGACACACCACAGAGCACGCCUGGUUCGGCACUCGGCAAGCGCAAAUCUGAACUUAUGGAAGAUGAUGCUGACUCCGCGGACUCUGGCACGCCCGGUCGAAACACGCCCGUAAAGGAGACCGCCGCCAAGCCCAAAUUUGACCCCGACAACCCACCUCCAGAUACUGUUCGUUUGUGGGAAGAUGGCUAUGCUGAUCGGUACUAUGAGCAGAAGUUCCACGUGGGACCUGAGAACCUCGAAUUCCGUCACCAAGUGGCACGCGAUUACGUUGAAGGCCUCUGCUGGGUUCUACUCUACUACUUCCAAGGUUGCCCAUCCUGGACCUGGUACUAUCCUCAUCACUAUGCGCCUUUUGCCGCAGACUUCCAAGACCUUGACAAGAUGGUGGUGAAAUUCGACAAAGGCAAGCCUUUCCGUCCCUACGAGCAGCUCAUGGGUGUCAUGCCCGCUGCCUCGAACCACACGAUCCCUAAGCCUUUCCAUCCACUCAUGACCGACGAAGACUCCGAGAUCAUCGACUUCUACCCAGAAGACUUCGACCUCGACCUCAAUGGCAAGAAGCAAGCCUGGAAAGCCAUUGUACUCCUUCCCUUCAUCGACGAGAAGCGUCUACUUGCUGCUAUGAACACCAAGUACCACCUUCUCAGCGAGGACGAGCAUGCCCGCAACGAUCUCGGCCACGAAGCACUCCUGGUCUCUGACCAGAACGCACUGUACGAUCUGAUCGCCACAGAAUUCUACUCCAAGAAAGCCAGAACCGACGGCUCCAAAGUCAAGCUACCCACCAGCAAAGGCCGCCUAGCAGGUCACGUCAUCAAGAACGCCGAUUUCCUGCCGAACAUGUUCCUUCGUGGCCCCGAAGAGGACAUCCGCAUGGAGCCCGACGUCGAAGACGACCGCAGCAUGAGCGUACACUUCAUCAUGCCGCCCGCUACCCACGUCCACAAAUCGAUGCUCUUCCCAGGCGUCAAGCUUCCUCCUCCUGCACUGGACAAAUCCGAUCUCGCGAUCCUAAAGUCCAAGGCGAGGAACUCAGGACGGGACUUUGGUGGUGCGCCGCUGUACGACAAUACGCGCCGUGACCCCAUGGAUAAUCAGCGUGCGCCUCGGAUCAAUUACGCGGCAGACCGGCCGCCGCCGGGUGUAGGAGGGUUGCCGCCGCCACCGUUUCCGCCCCCGUUUCCGCCGCCGGGCGUUACGGCGCAGGAUAAUCCUUUUGCAGCGUUUUUGGACCCGAAAUUCGCGGCCGGUAUGCCUUCAGGCGGGCUCCCGCCCCCUCCACCGUUGCCUGUCGUGUCGCGUGGCGGAUAUGGCGGACAGGGCCCGCCCCAGCGAUAUGAUCAGGGAGGCUACGCGAAUGGCGGUGGUGGUGGUGGACGAUCGCAAGGCAAUGGCUACUAUGGUAAUGGACAGCACGGUGGAGGUGCAGGUGGAUAUCAGAAUGGAGCCCGCCCUGGCGCUAAUGGAGGAGGGCAAUAUGGACAAAGCCGCGGUCAAGGCGGGUAUGGAGGCCAGCAGCGCGGAGGUGGUGGCGGCGGUUAUGGCCGUCGCUAG